GGCGCCGGCGCCGGGUGGGAGGCCCAGGCAGCGCUCCGCGGCCGCCGAGCGGAUCGACAGGAGGGCGCCCCGGGAGAAGGCACCCACUGGGCGCCGGGUCCUUGGAGGGUCACACGGUAAGGAAAGAUAGCUGAAGCUGCCUGAUCCCUCCUGGUACCCGGGCAGCCUGUGUUCCCCGCCUCACCUAAACAAGUCCGAGAAGGAACAAGCCAUCUCCAACCACAGCCAUGAAUUUCCUCCGGCGGCGCCUCUCCGACAGCAGCUUCGUGGCCAACCUGCCUAAUGGCUACAUGACGGACCUACAGCGUCCAGACAGCUCCACCAGCUCCCCCGCCUCCCCAGCCAUGGAGAGGAGGCACCCCCAGCCUUUGGCAGCCUCCUUCUCUUCUCCAGGAUCCAGCCUUUUUAGCUCCUUCUCCAGUGCCAUGAAGCCAGCUUCCCAGGCUCCUUCGGGGCUGAUGGAGCCUCUGGGUCCCUCCACACCUGUUGUUCAAAGGCCCAGGAUCCUGUUGGUGAUCGAUGAUGCUCACACAGACUGGGCCAAGUACUUCCAUGGAAAGAAGGUUAAUGGAGACAUUGAGAUCCGAGUGGAACAGGCUGAAUUCUCAGAGUUGAACCUAGCCGCCUAUGUUACUGGGGGCUGCAUGGUGGACAUGCAAGUCAUGAGAAAUGGAACCAAGGUUGUGAGAUCCUUCAAGCCCGACUUCAUCCUGGUGCGCCAGCAUGCUCACAGCAUGGCCCUGGGCGAAGACUACCGCAGCCUGGUCAUCGGCCUCCAGUACGGAGGGCUGCCCGCUGUCAACUCCCUCUACUCCGUCUACAACUUCUGCAGCAAGCCCUGGGUGUUCUCUCAACUCAUUAAGAUCUUCCAUUCCCUGGGUCCUGAGAAGUUCCCGCUUGUGGAGCAAACGUUUUUCCCCAACCAUAAGCCAAUGCUCACAGCCCCACGAUUCCCAGUGGUGGUCAAGUUGGGACACGCCCACGCCGGGAUGGGGAAGAUCAAAGUGGAAAACCAGCACGACUACCAGGACAUCACCAGCGUGGUAGCCAUGGCCAAAACCUACGCCACCACUGAGGCCUUCAUUGACUCCAAGUACGAUAUCCGCAUCCAGAAAAUCGGAUCCAACUACAAGGCUUACAUGAGAACCUCCAUCUCUGGGAACUGGAAGGCCAACACAGGCUCAGCCAUGCUAGAGCAGGUGGCCAUGACAGAGAGGUACAGGUUGUGGGUAGACAGCUGCUCGGAAAUGUUCGGUGGCCUGGACAUCUGCGCUGUCAAAGCUGUCCACAGCAAGGAUGGCCGAGAUUACAUCAUCGAGGUGAUGGACAGCUCGAUGCCCCUGAUCGGAGAGCACGUGGAAGAGGACAAACAGCUGAUGGCCGACCUGGUGGUCUCCAAAAUGAGCCAACUCCUAAUGCCAGGGGGCACAGUGCCCUCACCCCUGAGACCGUGGGCUCCACAGACUAAGUUGGCAAAAUCCCCCGGGCAACCUCAGCUGGGGCCUCAGCUUGGCCAGCCCCAGCCACGCCCAUCCCCACAAGGGGGCCCUCGCCAAGCUCAGCCUCCUCAGCCCCCGAGAUCCGGAAGCCCCUCCCAACAGAGGCUUUCCCCACAGGGCCAGCAGCCCCUGAGCCCCCAGGCUGCCUCCCCCCAGCAGCAGAGGUCACCAGGCUCCCCGCAGCUGUCCCGGGCGUCCGGUGGCAGCUCCCCAAACCAGGCCUCCAAACCCGGCGCCACCCUCGCCUCCCAGCCCCGGCCCCCCGUGCAGGGCCGCAGCACCUCCCAGCAGGGUGAGGAGCCCAGGAAGCCAACACCGCCCCAACCCCACCUCAACAAAUCCCAGUCCCUGACUAACAGCCUCAGCACAUCCGACACCUCCCAGCGCGGCACCCCAAGUGAAGAUGAGGCCAAGGCCGAAACCAUCCGCAACCUGAGGAAAUCCUUCGCCAGCCUCUUCUCUGACUAACCCCAGCCAGGCUGGGAGCAGGGAGAGCUCAGUUACACUCUUGCCCUCCUGCCUCAUCUUCCUUCUCAGCCUUGGUUCCUGCUGGGAACAGAAUGAAGGGCCUGAGAAUAUACUUUCUAAAUGCCUUUGAUAGGAGAAUUGAUCAUGUAUGUGUCCUCAUUCUUCUUUCCCAUGACAUUCCCACAUCGUCCAAUUGAGUGGUGGGCUUUUGAGAGCUUCCAUGUUCCUCAGAAGGAGGCUUAAAAGUAGGCACCACAUCCCCAUCCAUCUAGAUGCUUGCUUCCCUGCCUCCAGUACUAAGUGAAAUGUUGAUUUGUGGCUAGUUUUCACAUUUCUUGUUAGUGUUUUGCUUGCCUUUGGGGAAGACUUCUCCUAGGUCUUCCCCCACUUCCAGCAAAUGCAGACACUGUAGUCUGACCUCAGCAAUAGAUGAGGCAAUAAACUUUUGACAAUGUUUUGCAAACAAAAGGAGAAAAGCCCAGGAACCUACCACCUACCCUUGCUAGUUCCAUCCACCCUCAAGAGAUUUUCCCUCAAACCAUGCAGGUGAAGACCCCAUCACACCUGGCCAUCAUGGAACCUUGAGGACCAGUGAAAGAAACCAGAUUCUGGAUGACAAGUAGGGCCUUUCAGAACACAACAGAGACAGAAGGGAACUCCUUAUAAUGCAGCUCAUGGCCAGAGUGUUCUCCUGAAUUGGAACCAAUCAUGGGUUCUUUUAGGAAGAAAAGGAGGAAGAUGCCCCUGAACUUCCCAAGGAAGGAGAUAGGUUAGGGAUCCUCCAUGCGUUCUGUUAUACCACUGUCUGGUCUCUCCGACUUCCCACCAGAAAGGUUUCCUCCUCAAGGAUGUGUGAGGAGCCAGAGAGAAUCACUAGAUCAAUGGUACAGGACAGAAAGUUCAAUGAUAGCAACUUCAGCAUCUCACAGACUGUGUACAGCAAAGCAUUAGUAGGUUACUCUGUUACAAAGGGGUUCCAUGGUCAAAUAUGUUUAGGAAACACCUUACAUUUCUCUUUUGGAGAUUCAUAGUACACAUUCUCUGUCAAAGGCUCUUGGAAUUCCUGCAGUAAAGAAACCAGCUUUAAUCUAGUUCAACCCAAACUUAUUUGACUAAACAAGUUAACUGCACAGCUGGAAAUAGUAGUCUUGACUCCCUUCCCAGUGCUCUUUCUGCUACACUGGACUGCCUCCACUAAGAGAUGGAGUUCAGGGAUGUCCAAAUCACCAAGCACCUGGUGCUGGAAAUACUGCAGGUGCCAGAACCAGUUUCCUGGUCCCCAAAAGAGCCCAAUAUUAAAACAUAGCCAUGUUAGCCCUUUACAGCCCACUUUGAGAUUUGAGAUAUGCUUUCCUUUCACUAUUCACAGAGAAGGGACAGAGCAGGGGAGGAAGAAAGGAGGUGAAAAUUGAAGUAUCCUUGGCCUGGAGCAGAUUCUAGUCAUGCCCAAGAGAUGCAGAUUGUUUAAUAGCCAGCUGAGAUCUAUCCGGAUUCCCAGGAGCAUAAGAGCAGUCACCAACUUCUUGGUCCUCCAAGUCCAGACUGGGGUGGUGGGGACAAGGCCAGAGAUCCACUCCUUCUGGGUGCAUUGGGACCCCUAUAAUGCUUGACCACAGCAGAGCCUGCCUUCCAGUUGGCUUUCCAACAGACUAUUGUCUGAAGACUGGCAUAGUAGCAAAGCUGCUGGCUUUGCACCCAGCUAUCAGAGCUCUCCUUGGCCUUUUGGGUUGUCCUUUUCUCCUGGCCCUCUUCCCACCUUCAGGAUCAGAGUAGUAUUAAGAGCAAGGAAAACCAGGCUAGUUCAGAAAGUUCUCUUGGUCUUGGAUUCAUAAUAAGCAGCAGCCCUGGCAAAAAAGAAAUCAGAUAGACCUCUGGAAGCUAUGAUUUGGCAGCUGGGAAUGUUGGUGGGCUUGGGCCUGUCUGGCACUGACUGGAUCAGCAGCCAAAUAAAAUAGGCAUUGUGUGAGCUGAGGCAUGACCAGUGAGGACUUGGUACUCUCUCCUGUACAAAAAAAAAACAAAAACAAUCAACAAAAAAUAACACCAUUCUGUUCUCUCUCCAUGCUCUGUUGAGCUCAGUGUCUAGAGGACAGUCCCUGCUGGCAUGGCUGGAACUCACUCUGCCCUGUCAUCUCUCUCCUUCCUUUUCGCUUGGCCUGUGCAAUACGACAGAAGUGGGGUGGCCAGGAGCCACCAGCGAUGCUUCUGAGAGGCAGGUGAGCUGACCAGGUGGGUCAGACAGAUGGGGCUGCUGCUGAGCGGGCAUCGCUCUCAACAUGUUCUGGCUCCUGGGCUGUUCCUUCUCUCGUAGCAAUGACAGUUGGGAUUACCCCAUAGUAGGAUCUCAGGCCUCUGCCCCUGGGAGUCAAUUGGAAGAGACAAGCACAGAGAUUUAUAGGAUUUGAUGCUGGUUUCUUCCACUUAAAGGAAAACGUCCCCACCCUACUCAGGGGUGGAUUUUUCAAGGAAAUAAUGCCAUGUGACAUUCUGCAUAAAAGGGUGAGGGAAAACAUCCAGGGCUUGGUGUGGCAUGAGGAAGCCCACAUGUUUUAGGUAGACUAAGGACAGAAGAAAUACUUGAGGCAAUCGUCACCUUUCUACAUUGGAGACUAAGAUCGGUAGAAGUCAAACACUCUCCCCGAGGUUCUCAAAUAGUAGUAAAAUAUAGCACAAAACGCAGAAUAAGUGAUGUGAGGCUGGACAAAGUUCCUCAAAGUAUGAGCCCUAGGCCAUGUGCAGAGCUAGUUGCAAAGGCAGGCGAGGUCUCAUUUUGGAUCAAAGGAAUCAGAAUUUCUGCUCCCAGGGCCCAGAACCUUCAUCUUUGUCAAUCUCAGAUGUUUUAAACAGUAUGGAAGUUGGUCCAGCAGCCCUGAGCUGCGAGCUAUAUGGGAAAGCAGCUAGGAUAGAAAGUUUUGGUGUGGAUACUAUGUAGUCACCAACACAGCUAGGGACCAAUUCUUUGCUGAGCAAAACUAGUGGCUCCAUAAACAGUGACCACGUGGCCUAAAUUUUCCCAAUUUCCAGUAUUCUGUCCCUUGUGCCUAGAAACAUCUCAGCAUUCAAACCAGCUAUUCCAACCCAAAGAAGCACAAACUCAUUUUAUCACACCAGGCAUCCUGAUUUUUAUAACCAUGCACAGAUAUAUCCAGAUCCAUGAUGUAACACUAGUUUGUAAGUAACAAAUUUAAAUCGUUUUUCCCUUUGGUCUGUGCACGUGUGGUUCUGUGGAGACCACAGAUCCCCAAAUCGACUAUUCUCACACAUAGGCUAGCACAGAAUCCCUCCAAAAAUUUAUUUUAAUAACUGACAUUUUGAAACAGGAAAGUAAAAACAAGAGGAGAGGCUUCAUUUUAUAUAGAUUCUGAAAGGGUGUGUUUAUUUUUUGCUUUGUUUUACAUACUUGACUAUAAAAGGGGCUAGCGUUUUCCCCCAAGCUGACUUGGAGAAAGUGAAAUAUGAUGACGGCCUACAUGGUCUGUGCUAACCUGAAGUAGGGGGCCUCAGCGGCUACCCCAACAGGCCAGAGAAAUCAUCUUCCAAAUCAUCCUCCCAUCAGCAUGAUAAAAUACUACUGUACCCUAAAUUAAAAUUAGCUUUCCAGGGAGCCUUUCCCUUCCAUUAGUCCUCUAGGUUCUCUCCAUGCUUGCCACAUCCCCUCUCAACCUUCUGUCCCUGCUGACAGAGCCCCUAGCUCUUUCCAGAAUCAAGUCUUUUCAGGAAUGAUGGGCCUUCAGUCACAUGGUAGUAAAGACAGCAGCAAACCCCAUGAAGCUGAACAUCAACUACCUUCUGGAAGUUUCCAUCUGAAUUUCCUGGGAAAGGAAGUCAAGGUUUUGGAUGGCAAGGUAGUUAAGUUGCAGGUAGUUAAGUGAGUGAGCUGUGCGAGUAAAACAUGAGCACGUUGCUGGGCAUGUUUGAGUUUUGCCCUCUUAGAAAACAAAGUAUUGAAACAAGAUUGGGAAAAAGGGCUGUUUUUCUAAGAUUAUCAAUAUAAGGAAGAUACUUGCCCAGGAACAGAGUUAAAUCAAUGGGGAGAUUAGUAAAAUGACAGAUAAUUUAGAAAAGAACCUGAAGAAAACCUACGGCAUUUUUUAAAUGUAAAAGCCAGAAAACGAAUGGCAUCUGCAAAGGAAUGGGAGCAAGCAGAAUCGGGGGAGCGAGCCCUCCUCUGUGGUGGGCACACCCCUGGGGUCCACCUGGGUGGCCCUUUAUAGGCAGGAUGACUGCAGGAGUGAGUUGUCAUUGUCAUCAGCAUCAGUUAGACAAGGUUGCAGUGAGCAGCCCAAGACAAUACUAAAGCUCAUAAAGCAAAGGCCCAUAACCAAGGAAAAGAAGUAGCAUUCAACUCACGUGACACACUAAUUGUCCCACCCAACAGAACACAGCAGAGCUUUCCAGAGAACGGAGAGCCUCAGCGAGACCCAUGCCUUGAGCACACACGGUGUCCUUUCAGAACCCUUCCCCUCUCAGUACUGGAGAACAGACUGACCUCAUGUGUUUUAUUCAGUUUCAUAGAACAGGUUGGUGAUUCAUUUUGGUUUAUGCAUUUAGAAUUGGUGAAAGCUAUUUAAGUCAGCCUUGCAGAUACAAGUGGUACCUUAGUAAACUGGAGGAAUAGUUCAUUGGCUAAGGACACUUUCACAUGUAUUUCCUACAUUUUUCCUUAUCCCAAAGGGCAAGCUGGCUGGUCAUGAUCUAUACUGGCAAAUAUCAAAGACUUUCAUAGACCCCUAGGCAGUUACUGGUGAAAUUAAGGGUUUCGGUCUAAUAUGUUGACUCUAAUAGAUGGCAGCACAUUUGGUUUGGAGACAAAAUGGAAGGCUGGGCAACAAGUCAAUUCAGUUCACUUACCAAACACAUGCAUGAAGAGCACAGAGGCUCCCUUGUGUUUCCAUAGCACAAAACACGCAGAAAUUGAGCAGACGGGGAUACUUAAGACUUUGUACUCAGACCUCUCUCCACUGGCAGACCGAGGGGAAAGGAUGAAAAUAGCUGGGAAAUGUUUUUUUAGAAUUAGUGAGGUGUUCCUUUAAGGGGAAAACAAUCUAAAAGUAGACAUUCUUCUAG